AUGUCUGCCCCUGAUUUACGCGCUCGUCGCAGGCAAUCUAUGGCACCGUCUGCGGAGCCGCAGGGUGGCAGGCGUCGAGAGCCUGCCCCGCAAGCCGCCCCAGCCCCAGCCCCCACGCAUCCAGAAUCCCGUCGGUCCCGUCGCAAAGACGAAAGAGUGUGGCACAAGCCACUCCCACGCCAACGCCUCCAAAAUCCCGUCCGUCCCGUCGCAAGCACGAAGAAAUUGAGCCUGAGGAAAUAUCUGUGGUCCAGCCGAAGCGGCCAAAGACCCUCUCAGACUGAAAAAAUUACAAAACAUGCGAAGACCACGAGCAUAUAUUUGUCGGAUUCGUUUCUCCUGCUUAGCAUGAGGAGGCCUAUCAUAUAG